GCAAUAUUGCUAGACAUGUAUGUACGUCUGCACAUAUGCAACAACUAAUAGUGACCGCCCUUUCGUGGGCGAGCGAGCAGGCGCGUUCACUGGGCAAGCGCGCCGGGCCGCUGUGGGAGUGGGCGAAACAUAAUAAGCCCAAGACAACAGCAGGAUGGCUGACCGCUGCUUCCGCUGCUGGAGUGGUCGUGUCCGCCCUCUCGGUUGCAAUGAUGAUGCUUUUAAUCUUCGUGGGCACUACGGUCUUGGUGGUGCUCGGCGCGGGCUCGAUUUUCGGUCUGGCUCUCGGGAUAUGGCUCUGCUUCACAGCUUGGUUGUCCGCAGCGUUCGCAGUCGCUGCGGGGUGCGCGGCCGCGGGUCUACGCGCGACUCAGGUUGCACUGCUCGCGGUGGCGAGCCUGGCGCGUCACCUGGUACCCGGGGGCCUGCGGGCAGCUGUAGCAGCGGACGCGGCCAGCCUCGCCAGCUAUGCCUCCGCCAACCUGUGGCCCGCCGCCGACUCUGCUGCUACUGCCACUGCCAGCGGGGGGCGUGCUACUGCGGCGGAGGGGCAUGCUGCUACUGCCAGUGGCGCCGCCAGAGCGCUGGCAGCAGCGCCCGGCGGCUCUGUUGCUACAGCCGGCAGCAGUGGCGGCGGAGCUGCCGCGGCCCCGGCGAUGCCCGCCGCGGCGCCCGGCUCCCCUGCGGCUGUAGCAGUUGUCGCAGCACCGGCAGUAGCAGCAGCAGGAGCGGCCGUAGCGGCAGUGGCACAGCCGCCGCCGGCGGCACUUCUGGAGCCGUACGGUAAUUUGUACGACAACCCGGCCGUGUGCGUGAACGGCGGCGGGUCUGCAGAAGGCAUGACUGAUGCCGGCGGCAACGUCGAUGUCGUUGAUGGUGGUCUGUCACGUGCUGGUGAUGGCGAAGAUGAGUUUGAUGAUCUUUCACACAGCCACGCACACGCGCAGCCCUCGCUGCCGCUGCCACCGCCGCCACCGGCCGCGGCUCAGAAGCAACACCAGCAGCAACGGCAUCGGCACGCCAAGCCCGCGGCGGCAGAAGCGGCGGCGGCGGCGGCGGCGGUGGCGAUGGGAGCGGCGCAGCGGGCUGGCUGCGGCGCGGGGAGCGGUGGCACAGUUGCGGGUGCGGGACAUCGCAACGCCCCGAGUGAGCAGUCCUGCGGCGCCUAGCGCUUGUGGGUCUUGCGGCACUCGGCGGGGGACGGGGCUGGUGUGUGUGUGUGGGGGGGGGGGGAAGAGAGGACAGGUGGGGGAAUUGGCGUGGCGAGCGACUGGCGUGGCGAUCUGCGGAUCAAGUGACGGCCGGGCGGCGCCAGGCGGGCAUUACUCUUUUUUCUUCCGCGCGCUCGCACAACCCCUGAAAUGGAAGGGAUGCGCGUUAUGCGUCGACCAGCAGCACAUGUUGGGCAUGCAUAUGACGCCGCCAUGAGGUGUUGCCGUUUACGUGCCGUUUGAACGCGUGUGCGAACGCAAGUAUGACGCCAGACGAGGGUUGUCGUCGCUGGUGCAUAAUGUGUGCGUGCAUGCAGAUCAUAUGUUUCAGGGCUCUGGUGGGUGCCGUCGGCCCAAGGGGGCCCAGGAACUUCAUGUGUCUUUCAUUCUUCCCUCUUUCAAAAAAGCACUGAUCGUUUUGCGCAGUUGUCUGGUUGCGUGGUGCAUAGAGCUGUGCGAGCGAUGCACGUGCGUUCAGAUCAGGCGGGAUACGACUGCGCGAAAGCAACCAAGGCAAGGCAGAGCUGCAUCAGGCGCCUGUGCAUGGGGCGCGCUGAAGGGGAGGACUCGUGGCAGAAUUUGAAGGACGAGCGGACACAAAAGAGGCACGCGGAGGCACCUGUGUGCACUAUUCGAGGACACCAAUGCGGUGCUGUUGCGGAUAUGCACCGUAUGCACCGUUGCACUCGAUUUGCUCUUGCUUUCUCGGCUCAAGCACACGUAUGCAACCUGCGAUUGAGUGCGGUGGCUUACACAAUGGUGCGGUGGCCCAACUGUUUGGGACCGGACAGGCAUGCGAGCAGGGACACGGGGGUCGGGUGUCAUGGCGGUUAGUGGCGAUUGUCAUUGGCAAGAGCGCCAGCCCAGGCGCUGUUUAAAUGUCAUAAUCUAUGACAGUAUUGACUUAUGUGACUUGUCAGUCACACGCUCCAUAACUUUGACUCUAUCUGACUCGAGUUCUUCCUUUCGUCCACCCGUUGAAGCUAAACCUCGAGCAU